AAAAGAAAAAAAAUCGGCGUUGCUAGGAUACCUCCGCCCGCCGCGUCACGGCGUUGCUAGGAUACAGCAAACGGCGCAGCCAGCUCUGCGGAUCAGAACCGUCCGAACCGAACCGAGGCGAAUACAGGCAUGGAGAUCGUUCAUGUGUACACGAAGCUGCGCAGUGAGUUCGGCCGGCAGUGUCUCCUCUCGGACCGGCCUGCUGAGCUGCUGGUGGACGUCCCUCCGGACCCGAGUCUGGCGCUGCAGUUCACCCAGAAAACCCCCCGAGACCAGGCGGCGCAGGCCUGCCGGGACAUGUCCGAGCACCAGGUGAACACGGAGCGCUUUGAGUCGGAGAGUUGUGGAAUAAACCAUGUGGAGGGGGGGUGGCCCAAAGACGUCAACCCUUUGGAGAUGGAGCAGACCAUCCGCUUCAGGAAGAAGGUGGAGAAAGACGAGAGCUACAUCAACAGCAUCCAGCAGCUGGGCGGAGUCUCGGAUCACUGCAUUGGACAGAACAACUCAGUGGACAUCUACCCGGAAUACUUCGAGGACGAGGAAGAGGUGGAGGAAAUUCAGGAGCCGGCGUCCGCCAAGACCAUCAACGUGUUCAGGGAUCCUAACGAGGUGAAGCGUACCGUCACCGGUCUGUCUUGGCAUCCUGAUGGAGGCAGGAAGCUGGCAGCCGCGUACUCCUGCCUCGAGUUCCAGAGAACGUCCAAAGACACGAGCCUGGACUCCUACAUCUGGGACAUUGAGAACCCCAACAGACCGGAGAUGGCGCUGAAGCCGGCGUCUCCACUCAUCUGUCUGGACUACAACCCCAAAGACUCGCACACUCUGGUGGGGGGCUGCUACAACGGGCAGAUCGCGUACUGGGACACCCGGAGAGGCAGCCAGCCGGUGGAGUUUUCCUCUGUGGAGCAGAGUCACAGAGACCCGGUCUACAAGAUCAUAUGGCUGCAGUCCAAGACCGGGACAGACGCCUUCUCUGCCUCCACUGAUGGACAGGUUCUGUGGUGGGACGUUCGCAGGUUAAGCGAGCCCACGGACCGUCUGGUUCUGGACCCAAGCAGAGAGGGGAACCUGGACCGAGCUUUAGGAGCCAUCUCUCUGGAGUUUGAGUCCACCAUGCCGACUAAGUUCAUGGUGGGGACGGAGCAGGGCGUGGUGGUGUCCUGCAACAGGAAGGCGAAGACUCCAGCAGAGAAGAUCGUCUGUACCUACGAUGGUCAUCACGGACCCGUCUACGCCCUGCAAAGAAACCCCUUCUUCCCCAAGAACUUCCUCACCGUGGGGGACUGGACAGCUCGCAUCUGGUCUGAGGACAUCAAGGAGUCGUCCAUUAUGUGGACCAAGUAUCAGAUGUCGUACCUGACGGACGCCUGCUGGAGUCCAGUCAGACCGUCUGUCUUCUUCACUGUGAAGAUGGACGGCAUGCUGGACGUCUGGGACAUCCUGUUCAAACAGAACGACCCCACGCUGAGUCUCAAGGUGUGUGACGAGGCCCUGUACAGCCUCCGGGUUCAGGAUAACGGGCGCCUGGUGGCGUGCGGCUCUCAGCAGGGCGGAGCCACGCUGCUGGAGAUCUGCUCUGGACUGUCGACGCUCCAGAAGAACGAGAAGAGUCUGCUGGCUGCUAUGUUUGAACGAGAGACGAAGCGAGAGAAGAUUCUGGAGGCCCGGCAGAGAGAAAUCCGUCUGAAGGAGAGGAGUCGAUCAGAGCAGAGCAGAGACGAGGACGGAGGACGAGACGACGGAGACGACAGUCCGGAUCAGCUGAUCGCAAGAGCUGAGAAGGACUUCUACAGCGUGGUGGAGAUGGAGCUGAGGAAAAGGAGGGACCAGGAGGACCAGACAAACCGGGUCACAUGUGGGAGGGGCCGGGGGGAGGCGGCUCUGAGGGGAACCCGGCCCGUCACAAGUCUUCUGGGCCGCCUGCCGCUGAUGUCGAGGUUUUCGACGGCGGCGGUUCCUCGGUGGUCCAUCACCUGCCGGGUCGCCCUGCAGCGGCCUCUGUUCUGUAAGACGCGUGGCGGCGGCGCCCUGCAGCGGCCUCUGUUCUAUAAGACGUGUGGCGGCGGCGCCCUGCAGCGGCCUCUGUUCUGUAAGACGCGUGGCGGCGGCGCCCUGCAGCGGCCUCUCCGCACACUGCCCUGUAGCCGCCUCCUCCUCCAGCUCGUCGAUGCUGGCGUUGCUCCUCUUGGCGCCGCCCUGCAGGUCAUUCAGGUAGUUCUGCCUCUCGAUGCGGUGACCUCUGCACGUGUUAAACAGCUCCAGUGCUGCCGCGGCGUCCAGCCCGUCCACAUCUACGAGGUACCGGCAGACCAGGUACCCGGUGCGGUUCAGCCCGUGGGUGCAGUGGACGCCGAUCAGCUUGUCAUUGUCUCGGUUCUCCCUCAGGAAGCGUCUCACGACCCGCUUGAAGCUCAGGAUGGCGCCGUCGGAGGGAACCUGGCGCCCCUCGGUGAGGAUCUUGAUGUACGAGCAGGACUGCGGCACGUCGGCCAGGCUGUAGUACCUGGUGGUGAAGGUGAGAUCGAUGAUCAGACCCAGCUCCUGGUUCUGGUUCUUCAGAUGGUCCAGCAGAGCCGCACGCGGCCGCGCGCGCUGAAGCAGCUCGUGACGGAGCGGCUCAGCCGGACGGCCGCGGAGCAGAUCGUCACCGCGUACGAGGCCUCCAGAGCCGGCACCGCACCGGAGGAGCCCGAGCUGUGUCUGUCCGUCGGUGUCCAGAGUCUCUCUGCCGUCUCCGUGGACGACCGACUGAAGGAGCCGCUGCCCGGGACUUCCUCCAGACCGGAGGAAGUCUCUGAACCAGAUCAACGCCUCGACUCUGCGGACGAUCUGGCCGGUGAAGAGGACGAUGACGAGAACGACGAAGAGGCGACACCUCACUGCUGCCGAGUGUGCGGGAAGUCGUUCGACAGGAAAGGCUUCCUGAUGAAACACGUAGAGAAACACCUGAAGGAGGACGAGUGUCUCUGCGGCCUGUGCGGCGAGCGGUUGGACUCCGGCGACGGGCUGAGGCUGCACCUUCAGACGCACCGCGACAGCAGCAGGACCUGCGACGUCUGCGGCAAGAAGUUCCCCUCGAUCCGAGCGCAGGAGACGCACCUGAGGCUGCACACCGGAGAGAAACCCUUCAGCUGCUACGUCUGCGGCAAAGUCUUCAACCAGAAGGGCAACAUGGUGACGCACAUGAGGAUCCACACGGCGGAGAAGCCGUUCAGGUGCACCGUCUGCCACAAAGAGUUCAGCCACACCGGCUCUCUGGAGCGACACAUGAAGGCCCACGACGGACAGACGCCGUUCAGCUGCAAAGUCUGCGGGAAAGGCUUCGGCAAGAGCGCCGAGCUGAGGCGACACGUCCGGAGCCACGAGUCCGAUGACGAACCCGCCAGGAGCCGACGCAGGAAGCCGAGUCUGACUCCUUCCCACUGCUGCAAGGUCUGCGGCAACGCCUUUCACAAUAAAGGUAACUUUGUGCGGCACGCAGAGACACAUUUAAGCGAUCCUGAGUGUCGCUGUGGCGUCUGUGGAGAGCAGUCGGAGUCCUCUGAGAGUUUGCAGCUUCACGUCCAGAGUCACAGAGAAACCAGCAGGAUCUGUGACAUCUGUGGCAUCAGCUUCAGGGACAUGGAGAUCCACAUGAGGACGCACACCGGACAGAAACCCUUCAGCUGCAAGGACUGCGGCAAGGACUUCCCCAGGAAAGGCUCUCUGGAGAGACACAUGAAGCUGCAUGCCGGCGAGCGGCCGUACAUCUGCGAGUUCUGCGGGAAGACCUUCAUAGAAAACACCGUCCUGAAGAGACACAUCAAGAGCCACACGGGAGGGAAGCCCAGGAUUUACUCCUGCGACGUCUGCGGCAAGAAGUUCACCAUGAGCCAGCACCUUGAUGUACACAAGAGGAUCCACACCGGAGAGAAACCGUACACCUGCAGGGUGUGCGGGAAAAACUUCCGACAGAUCGGAAACCUGGACUCGCACAUGAGGAUCCACACGGGCGAGAAGCCGUUCAUCUGCAGCCUCUGCGGGAAGACGUUUCGCCAGAAGAUCUCGCUGGAGACGCACGAGAGGUUCCACAAGAAGGAGAAACCAUUCAGCUGCCAGCUCUGCAGCAAAGGCUUCGUCCAGAAGAUCGACCUGAAGAGACACAUGCUGACACACACCGGAGAGAAACCGUACAGCUGCCGGGUCUGCGGGAAGAGGUACCAGGAGAAACGCUCGGUGGACUCGCACAUGAAGGUUCACACCGGAGAACGGGCCGCCAAGGACUCGGCUGUGACACCGAGCCUGAAGCGUCAGGAAGGAGUUCACGCCGACUUCAUCCAGCUGUGACCAAAAGACUGUUUAAUGUUUUACUGAGUCAUCCCAGAAAUGAGCUGUGUAAUCCCACUCUGUAACUGUGUCCAGCUGUACUCGAGUAUUUGUUCUGAUUACUGAUUACUUCUGAUCAAAAACUAGCGAGUCGACAACUUUGUUAACAGCCAAUCAUCAUCCAGGUCCCCAGCAGCAGUCA